CAGUUUUGUGGAAAAUAGUUUGACUCGCGAGCGUUUGUUUUGCCCUAUGAAACAAGGGCAGUAGUAGCAAUAAAGAAGUGACAGGCCCUCUUUGAUGGAUUUUUAUUUUGCUCCUUCUUUUUCAUUAUUGUAGAGCUACACUGUUUGGAAAUGAACGUGUUCCACUAACUGAACACAUUAUAUCACGAGGGGAUAUUCGCCCACUCUUUCGAAAGAAAUAGAGAAUGGACAUGAACGCGGCGUGGCUCUCUGGGCCUAUACAGCUACAUUCAAGUCGUACAUUUGAGUGCGAUGAGCUCAAUGCAGAGCAAUGCGACUGGUAUAAGCAGCGCUGGCACUUUUGGUAUAUCGCCGAUUAUGUUUUUGCAUUGCCAACGGUGGCAUUUUUCAUGUGCGCCAUUGGUAUUUUUAUCAUUGGUCAUCUUGUAUCGCAGAUUCUGGCAUAUCGAAGAUUCAGAGGACCUCUGAUGUCGCAAAAACUAAUAGCAAGUAUUCGAUAUAUAUCGUAUCGCGGCUUUCAUGUGAAGUCAUUACAGUGGAACUCGGCUCCGGUUGGUAUUUUACUGCUGGGACUUGCUGGUACCAUCUUCUUUUUCUGUAUGGACUUGAUUCCACAGCCUUAUUACUGGCCAAGCGAGAUUUACGGCAAUUCACCAGCACUGGCUACUAGAUCUGGAUGGAUGGGUCUGGCAUGUAUGCCAUUUAUAUUUGCAACUGCGAGUAAGGCCAAUUGGAUUACAUUGUUUACGGGAGUCUCUUACGAGAGACUACAAGUAUUUCAUAGAUGGAUAUCCUAUGCUUUCUUUGUUCUCGCACUCUUACAUACGUUUCCAUUCAUUGUGUACCACAUUCGGUGGCAUGACAUGGAAAAGCAUUUUGCUUCGAAUCUUGUAUUCUACUGGACCGGCAUCGUUGCACUCCUUUUUCAGGCGUGGCUUACCUUUGCGUCCCACAGUACAAUCAGAAAUCUUGGGUACGAGUUCUUCAAAAUGACACAUUUAUUUGCUGUUGUCAUAUUCAUGGUGAUGUUCUUUUGGCACUGCGGCUAUACUCUCACCUCAUGGGACUAUUUCAUCGCCACUGCAGCUGUCUACGUUCCUUGUUACGCCUAUCCAUGGCUUCGGACUUGCUUCAAGUAUGGCAUCAACUCGAAGGCUCGGAUUUUUGUGGAAGACAAUGGCUUCAUUCGCAUCACAAUUCCCGCAAACUUCUACUGGAGACCAGGACAGCAUUGUUUCCUACGUUUUGCAAGCUUUGGCUUUUUGCAUGCCCUCUCUGCUCAUCCCUUUACCAUCUGUUCCUCGCCUCUAGGGAAGCCAAACGAACAGUCCGAGCUUACCUUUUACAUUCGACCUGAAAAGGGGUUGACUGCCAGACUAUACCAAUAUGGUCUAGAAAAGCCCGGUGGUUCAGUAUCCGUUCUUGUCGACGGACCAUACGGAGGUAUCAAUAUGCAGAGAUAUCAAGAUAGCGAUCAUCUUCUUGUCAUUUCAGGUGGCUCAGGAGCUGGCUGGUGCUUGCCAUUCAUUGAGAAAAUUGCUAAACACCGCUUACUAUUGGCUGACGAAGAACAGGGCCAAGUUGUGUGCGCCGAAAGUAAAGAAGUCCUUGGGACCAAACGCUCGGGUAACCGCCGCAGCCCUAGGCCCCUUUCCUUGCGUGUCAUCCUGGCAACUCGAGAUGCUAACUGCCGUACAUGGUUCCUACGAGCUGUAAGCGAGCUGCUAUCGAAGUACUCAGAAACUAGUUCAUCAUCCAAUGCGGAUAUGCGAGCUGAAGUCUACCUGACCGAAAAAGCGACACACACGACAGAUCUGGAGAGCAAACUUGCAAAGGAUCCUACUUUAAAGGCAUCUGUCUCAUCAGCAGACAAGAAUGAUAUUCGAGAAAAGAGACACAAUAUCGAUGUACUUGAGAGAGAAUUUGAGGGCCGUCCCCAACUACCUCGGAUUGUCCAAGAGGCAGCUAGUGUCGCGCAAGCCGGCCAAUCUCUCAGUGUGUUCGUUUGCGGUCCAAAAACGAUGCAGAACGAUGUACGAAAUGCUGUCGCCAAGGAAAAUUUGAAAAUUGUUCAAGGUUCCAAAAUCAGUUCAGUGUACUUACACACGGAGCAUUUUUCAUGGGCAUGAGUAGAUAUGCCAUUAUGAUAUGUAACGUUCGGCUUUCGAAUAUAGUUUCUAGGAAAGGUUCUAAUACAAAAAUAUCUAUCAUAAGAAAUUAAACAAAAUAAAGACUUGGGA